GAAUAAAGCGGUGCUCACUGUUUUAUUUAAAUGGAAGCAAUGUACAGUAGUUCUUUUGUAUGUUUCAGAUAGUGAUCAUGUGAGUGAGUGUAUCUUUAAGAUUAAUCUACUUCCUUAACAAACUUUACUAGUCAACAUAUGUCUUGCUCCCGUCUCAAAAAAAAAAGGCUUGGAGAUUGUUGUCAAAUCAAAAAGAAAAAAAAUAUGGCUUCACACGUCACAUGCGCAUCACUGACCUUAAGACAGUACCAGUACAUAUGUUUUUUCGUAAUUUUUCUAACUUCAGGGUAUAUAUGCAAAAUUUGGUUUGAAAUGCCCUACGUUGUUUUAAUCUAAUUUCUAUACAUUCAGCCCACAGGCGCAACAGACAUUUCUUCAGCAGGGCGUCCAGCCCAAUCCGGCCCAUGUUUAUCUGCUCGUUUUCCUGAACCAGUGAGCCCAAGUAGUGUUGUGCUACCGUUUCCUUUCAAAUCUGUUCCAUACCAAUGCCCGUUUACUUUGACAGAAGUAAUCGUCUCCUCUCUAAACAGUAAAUAAAGCAGCUGUCAAUUAGUUCUGCAUGCAGGAUUAGCACAGGGGAACAGCCUUUCCAAGUCGGUCGCUUUUGAUAACGAUAUAUCCUCGCGUUGAAGUCUCUGGCUGCCGUGGAAACCAUUGCAGGUUGCAGGUCUUUCUCUGACCCUUGUCGUGUUCUUCCUGCAAUCUAUCCUAGGUCCCUAGCCUGAUACGCAUGCCAACCAAGACGGCACUGAAGCUCCACAACAAGAAUCCCGGUAAGCGCAGCGUCAGUCAAGUGAUAGUAACAUGCUGUAGCAGGAAGUUUUGUGUAUACCCAUCCAGUUAGGAGUUAGCCAUGGUGGACUCACUGCUGCUUGCUAAAUGAUUGAAUUUGGCACAGCACUGUUCCAUUCAUUCAGAGCAGGACGCACCUAUCGUCGUGUUUCUUCGGCUUUCCUGCUUCUCGGUGUUCUUUCUGCUCCGUAGCUCUUCUCCAGUAGCCGUUUGGGUUGUGCGGUGAGGUUGAGACUCUUCAGAGCUGAUGACAACUUGGAUGCGCGCUAGCAUGCGAAGCCUGUGAAUUUUGCGCAGCAAUACGUCCACCGGAUCAGAAGACUUUCUUAUUUCAUUUUCUCAAGUUAGUCCUCAACCUCAAGCUUGGGAUAGGCUGUUAAAUCCACCAUGGAUAAGCUCCAGUUAGCUCUGAUCCUCGUGGGGAUCAUCCCAGCUCUCUGCUGCUUCAGCGCUGCUGCAUACACUCCUGCGGACAACUACCUCAUCAGCUGCGGCUCCUCGGUCGGCACGACGGUCGGCCAGAGGGUCUUCGUCCCCGACGACUCCGGCUCUGUCACCCUGACCUCUUCUCACAGCGCCGCGGUAAGAGCUCCGCCCGGUUUCGAGAGCGCCGCGCUGUACCAGACCGCCAGGGUGUUCACGGCGCCGUCGUCCUACGCGUUCAAGAUCAGCCGCCCCGGCCGGCACUUCGUCCGCCUCCACUUCAUCCCCUUCGCGAGCCAGAGCUACGACCUCGCCGCCGCGAGCUUCAAGGUGUCGACGCAGGACGCCGUCCUGAUCGACAGCUACACGCCGGCGAAGAUCGGCGCGUCUCCGCCGGUGCCCCGCGAGUUCUUGCUGGACGUCGCCGGUGGCACGCUCAUCGUCACGUUCGUGCCGCUGGCCGGAGGCCUCGCGUUCGUCAACGCCGUCGAGGUCGUCUCCGUCCCCGACAACCUCAUGGCUGACCCGGCAAGGACGUCACCGGGCCAGCAGCUCAUCCCGGUCGAGCUGCCGCUGCAAACGGCGUACAGGGUCAACGUGGGCGGCCCGGCGGUCCCUGCCACCGGCGACACGCUCUGGCAGGGGUGGACCAACGACCAGAGCUACUUGGCCGCGUCGGCCGGCGUCGUCACCCGAGAGUUGGCCUACAACGGAAGCCUGAACUACCUCGCCGGCGAGGCGACGCCGGUCGACGCGCCGGGCAUCGUGUACGCCACGGCCAGGGAGCUGGUCAUGUCGCACGCCGUGGACCAGAUGACGUGGCAGUUCGACGUCGACAAGCAGCCGUCGAGCUACCUGAUCCGAUUCCACUGGUGCGACGUCGUGAGCAGGGCACCUCACCUGCUGAGCAUCGAUGUGUAUGUGGGCAGCCACACGGUGGUGACCGGUCUUGAUCUGUCCGCAAUCGGGAAUGGCGCUCUGGCCUUCCCGUACCACAUGGAUUUCAUCCUGGAUUCCAGCGACCCAUCCGGCAAGAUCAUAAUCUACGUUGGCUCGUCGUCGUCGUCGAUGAAGAAGAACAGCAGCGCGUUUCCAGGCCCCAUCCUGAACGGGAUAGAGAUCAUGAAGAUGCACUUCAGCUCAGGUUCCAUCGUCGUCGUCGAGCCAUCGUCAGCCAGAUUGAAGAAGCAGAAUUUGGCCAUUGUUUUGGGUUCAAUCUGUGGAGCUUUUGCCGUCAUGUCCAUCGCCGUUGUGCUUGUCGUUUUCCUCAGGAAGAAAGAGGGGAGGCUGCUGCAGUCACCGUCGCAGAGCCCGUCGUCGACGCCAUGGAUGCCGCUCCUCAACCGGUUCAGCCUGCGCAGCAGAGGACCGGGUGCCAGCGGAGCAGGAUCGCCCAGCAUCGCCGCUGACAAGGACAUGCCAGGAGCGAUCCCCAUAGCUGGUUCUCCGGCACCGAGCUACCGCUUCCUGCUCGCCAUGCUGCAGGAAGCGACGGGCAACUUCGACGAGGGCCUGGUCAUCGGCGCCGGCGGCUUCGGGAAGGUGUACCGCGCCGUGCUCCCCGACGGCACCAAGGUGGCCGUGAAGCGCGCGAGCUCGGAGUCGCGGCAGGGCGCGCGGGAGUUCCGCACGGAGAUCGAGCUGCUGUCCGGCCUGCGCCACCGCCACCUCGUGUCCCUCGUCGGCUACUGCGACGACGGCGACGAGAUGAUCCUGCUGUACGAGUACAUGGAGCACGGCUCGCUCCGGAGCCGCCUGUACGGCGGCGGCGGCGCGCUCAGCUGGGCGCAGCGGCUGGAGGCGUGCGCGGGCGCGGCGAGGGGGCUGCUCUACCUGCACACGGCGCUGGCCAAUCCGGUGAUCCACCGCGACGUCAAGUCGUCCAACAUCCUCCUCGACGGCGGCCUCGCCGCCAAGGUCGCCGACUUCGGCCUGUCCAAGGCCGGGCCGGAGCUGGACGAGACGCACGUCAGCACGGCGGUGAAGGGUAGCUUCGGCUACGUCGACCCGGACUACGCCCGCACGAGGAAGCUGACGGCCAAGUCCGACGUGUACUCGUUCGGCGUCGUGCUGCUGGAGGCGCUGUGCGCGCGGCCGGCGGUGGACCCGAGGCUCCCCAAGCCGAUGGUGAACCUGGUGGAGUGGGCCCUGCACUGGCAGCGCAGGGGCGAGCUGGGCAAGGUCGUCGACCGGCGCAUCGCCGCGGCGGUGAGGCCCCAGGCCCUGAUCAAGUACGGCGAGACGGCGGCCAGGUGCCUGGCGGAGCGCGGCGCGGACAGGCCGGCGAUGGAGGACGUCGUGUGGAGCCUGCAGUUCGUGAUGCGGCUGCAGGACGACAGCGGCCUUGACUUCUCCGACGUGAACAGCCUGAACUUGGUGCGUGAGCUCACGCCGCCUUUGGAUCCUCGUCAGAGAAGCUCGCACGAGAAUGAAGCCGGCGGUGAGGGGGAGGGUGUGGCCGACGGCGAGGACACCGAUGUGUCCAUGCGAGGUGUCUUCUGGCAGAUGGUCAAUGUGGGCGGGAGGUAAAGGUGAAGCGCACAGAAUCGUCAAAUUAUUAAGAAACAUGUUAACGUACAGCGUUGUCAGACUGCAAUUUGAUGUUAAUACUUAAAUAUAUGAAUACUGGAAAGUUUUUUUUAUAACAUUCCAGAAUC